CUACGAGCAGAAACAAGUUGUGGGCGCCGAGAUUACAGUAACACUCCCAUCAUCGGAGACGACACCCGACAAAACGCAUGGAAGCUAACCCAAGCAGGAAAGCGAUGCUCGUGAACGUGCGAUAUCCUCCGAUACUGCGGUAUCUGCACACGCAUAGCAUUGUUGCUUUCCCGUGUCAUAUUUCAGUUCACAGAAACAUCUCUCCCGUAGCUUACAUCUAUAUUUCAUUUCCUGUACGAGGUUGCAGCCCUUUUGAAAUUGUCCAGGAUGCACUGGUAAGGAGUCGUAGCUAGGAGGACCUUUCUUCGUUGUUGGGAAUUAUAUUAUAUACUUUCUACAGAAAAAUUUCCUUAAAAUAAUCCAGUGACAUGUUUCGAUAGAGCUCACAGUCAGGCCUUUUAAAAUAGUUCUGGCUGGGAUAUCAUACCUAUUCAAAGAGAGAACAUUCGAUCCUUCGCAGGAAACCAAAAUUUGGUUUGUCGCCUGAGUGGACGCGGCUGUGAUUCGGGCUAUUUUUUUGUCGGAAGACAUCAUUCCUUUUAUUAUUGUGAAGCCGCAGUAUGGAUUAUAGGAACGAUAGUCUUGUUGCUUCAGUCUUUGAGUGGACAUUUAAAAGGCUGAAGUCAAAACAAGUGGGUUCAAAUGCCCCGUUGGUGAUUAAUCUGCCAUGCCAUCGUUGCGUUUGUUCAAUCACAGGACAUCCGUUGCCGGCGAUGAUCUCCGUUGUCACUCCACUUUUGCGAUUCUUCUGAGACUUCUGCAGGUCGCUCUCUUAGUCCCAGCAAUGAUUUACUUGGUUAGGAUCAACGCAGAUCCAAUGCACUGUGAAAGCUCUGGAAUUCUUCGCCAUGGCCACAAAUUGUUUUAUACCUAUUGGGUGUGCUCCGUCGUAUUGGUCUUUUUCUCGUUGCCAAUCGAUUAUCUAAUAUUUCGAACUUCAGGUAGAGGCACGCCUUCCCAACCAGCAGCAAGAGCUUGGUUGAGGCCUCUGUGCUACAUCAAAAUCGUUCCUCUAUCGUUGUUAAGAAUCACAACGUUCGGUUUGGGGGUCGUUGUAGCUGUAUUCCUCAAACAGUUUUGCACUUGCGCAACCGAUAGUAUCGUGGAUCCAGCAGAAAAUCUGAACGCUCUAUUGGCUGAGAUACGCACAUUUCGGUGUCCAGAUUAUGAUUCUAUGAUGGUUGUUCUCCCAACGCUGAUCGCUACUCACGCUUCAGAGGUCAUGGUCGCAACCAUAAUCUACUUUUAUUUUGUUUUCAAGACAGUUCGACCGGGACGAUGGUUGCGACCUCUGCUUGGAACACCAGAGUUUCGCUGGGAAGCCUUUUGUUGUUGCUGCUGCACGCUCAGUUCCGUUUUCACGUGCUGCAUGUUUGGGGGAUGGGAGGUGAGAAACUCAAGUUUUGCCGAUAUCAGCUUGGCGCUGGCUGAGUUCCUGGACGAUGGCGGAAAUUUGGAUGUGACGCUUUCGGAUCUGGUAGCCGGAGUAAUGAUGGUCGGUCGGGAGCACAAGGAAAAGUGGGACCGAACCCGAGGAUUGCUCGUUGAAAAAGUCAAGUCUAGCAGACAUCAUGUCGCUCACAGUCAACCUUCUGCUGUCUCAAGUCAGUACACACACAGUAACAUUUACAUGCUUCGAUUGAAAAGAAUUCAUGAAGAUAGAAGCACGGCCUUCGAGGUAGACGAGCGUGAACCGCUUUGUGUUCACAAUAUCAGCGAUGUAGAUGUUGUUCAGGAAGGGGCCUAUUACAUGAGGUUUGCCCUCGCCAUUUACGGCUACAUCAUGUACGUAAUGAAUCAUCGAAUGGAAGGGCUAUGCUGCUUGACAGCUCAGUGCGCAGGAUGCUUCCGAUCAUGUUGCACCGAAGAAGUCAUCGGUGAUAAUAUGUGCGGCUGCAAUGCGAGUGCUUUCUUGAGGGAGACAGGCAUGGAAGUUUCCUGUCUAGCAUAUUUUAGUUGUCGAUCGGGUGUAGGAAAGAUUCCGUACUGCAUUGUUGUAGAUAAGGAAAAGGGGAGCGUUGUCGUCGCGAUACGAGGCACUUUAGCCAUUGAAGACGUCGUCGCAGAUUUAACUAUCCACCCGACACUCCUUGCCGCAUUUGGACAACAGUACGACUUUGUGGGUGACAAUGCCUACGCUCAUUCAGGCCAUGGAAUUCUUAGGAGGCUUUUGCUGGACGAGCGCUCAGAUACCAGUGAUUUUCGGCUGGUCGUAACUGGGCAUUCGUUAGGAGCAGGAUGCGCCGCGAUCUUAUCCCUCUUUCUCAGGAAGGACUUCCCCUGUUUGAGGUGUUUCUGCUUUGAGCCCCCCGGCUGUGUUUUGUCCGACCAAUUGGCGGACUUUGACUGGAUGAUAUCCUUUGUUCUUGGAGAUGACAUUGUCCCGCGUCUGUCGUUUGAAUCGCUCAAGAACUUACGCGACGAUGUACUGUCCGCUAUUCAACGGCUUAAAGUACCAAAGCACAAAGUUUUUGAAAUCUUCCAGCCAUUGAAUUGGAAGAAGUAUAGUGAUCACACAAAAUGGAACAGAAGAAUGCUCCACCGGACGAACUCAACGCCACAAUCCGAAUUUGGAUCGCAAUUAUCUGCCUUUCGUGCUCACCAGCAUGAAAGAGCAAUAGAGCGUGGAAUGGCUGGGCAAGAACUUCAUCCUCCAGGCAAGAUCAUCCACUUGGUUAAAGCCUCUGACACGUCGAGCUCUACUAGACCCUUUCUACGUUGGGAAAAGGACGCCUACGUUCCUGUCUGGGCCAAGCGUAAGGACAUAUGUGAAAUCAAUCUAUCUGGUUCCUUGCUCCUGGACCACCAUGCUGGAAAGGUAUGCACCGCGCUUCAACGGAUAGCUGCAUCCUUCGGGGAAAAGAGUCCUGUCGCAGGACCAGGCAAUGUAUGUCAGGCAUAGGCAGUGUCAGUGACUAAACUCUUUUUCUUUGCGCGGGAAAAUUCAUUUGAUAGGUCUCUCCGACCAUAUUGUUUGUUAGAAUAAGGUGUGCAGCCAAAGGAAUUGAUGUGAAUAGAAAAUGUCAGGCACAACAUUACUACUGUCAGUGACCAAUCUAACUUUCCAUUUUCAAAAUAGUACGUACGCCUAUCACUAUCGCUGAUUAACGAAUUAG